UCUUCUUGAUUCGUCUGAAUGCUUUAACGUCUGGUACUUUUGCUGAAAGUUUUUACGCAAAGAAUUACUGUAAUUAUUCGUCACAGGCAUCGCGCCCACCUCAAUCAGCUAACACACCGUCGAUGUGUAAUCGGCGCUGCAGAUCUUGAAACGAAAUUUCCAACAAAUUUUUGCCUCAAAAGAUUUGCCAAGUUCAGACGUGCCGUCAUUCGUUGUGAUCAGCCCGUUGCGUCCAGUACCCUAAUAACAGUGUAGCAGCAGUUGUGCGGCUGCUGUAUUCCGAGUCAGGUAUUUCCCACCACUAAUCAAGUGUAACAACAAACAUAGUGAUAUUUGUUAGCAGUGCCGAAAAAACAAGUGAUAUUGCAGUGCAAUCAAUAAUAGUGCGAGAAACAUUUCAAUAAAUCGUGUACGCGCUGCGUCGUUCGUGUGUGCUUAUAACUUAGAGUGGAGUGUUGUUGGUAAUCUUCAGUUUACUAGCGAGAUCAGCAGUUCAGCAUGUUCGCUACAAAUUUACAUUCACUCAUCUUUAUCUGCAGCAUUACGACGCUGUUACGGUCUGCGCUCGCGCAGGUGGCGCUCCCGCCGAUCGCGUGUCCCCAGUACUUUCAAUAUGUGAGCGACGGCUUCGCGUACUAUGGCUUGAUUACACUGCCGCAGGUAUCGGUGGGCACGGCAGAUGUGCGUGCGCAUUUCUCUCAGCGUGGCCUACCCUCGUCGAAUUACUAUGGUCGUAUCACACCGUAUCCGGAUGAGAGCACCGUUGUGCAUAAUGUUUUAAAUGGUCAACCUGCUACUUUUCGUGUGGAUUUCGCGAGUCCCGGUAACCCCCCUAAAUUAACACUACUUUCACUGGACGGCAACGAUUUAUGCGUGGGUUCUGAUUAUCCACCACCGAAAUCAUGGGCGAAGCUGUCUUACCAACUGUACACAUAUUAUACCGCCGGAAAUGGUUUAACGGGGCCAAAUAUUCCGAACUCUUUGGUGCCUGUUAACAUUGACCCAACACCAACUUAUAAUUAUCAACAUAAUCAGCUUGCUCAUACUAAUCCACCAAUCAGGCCCGUUAAUUCCUUCCCUGUUCCAAAUGUUAGCAACAAAUUUGACACAACAGCGGCAAGACCAAUAGAAGUCACACCGAAGCCAACCAGCAAUAUAGGUACAGCAUUAAAUUCAGGAGAUUUAGCAGGAGUUUGCGGCGUAGAAGGUACUGUGGUGCGCGGCUUUGUCUAUGGAGGAGUUGAAGUGUUGCGUGGCCAGUUCCCUUGGUUAACGGCAAUCUAUAGCAAAUACACAGAUUCAUUGAGUUUCAUGUGCGGCGGAUCUUUGAUUUCACGAAGAACUGUGAUCUCAGCCGCACACUGCUUUAAACGCUUACAAGCCGAGCAGGUUGUGCUCUUCCUCGGGCGAUACAAUCUAGAGAGCUAUAGCGAAGAUGGCGUUGUAACGCGAGAUGCAAACAAACUCAUUAUACAUACGGAUUAUGUAGACGGCCAACCGAAUGCUGAUUUAGCAUUAAUACGAAUUGAACCUCUCGAGCAAUUUUCAGAGUACAUAAAACCGAUUUGUUUGUGGAGUGAAAUAGAGGAGAGUUCGCUUAUUGUUGGGAAAACAGCUUCGGUGGUCGGCUGGGGUUAUGAAGGUGAAAAGGAAAGAGACAUAUCGCCGUUACCGAAAAUGGUAGAUGUCAAAAUAGUUAGUAAGGGCGACUGCCUAAGUUCUUCCUUUCAAAGCCUUAUCACGGAUAAAACUUUUUGUGCCGGUAAUCGUGAUGGCACCGGACCUUGCAUGGGUGACUCAGGUGGUGCUCUUAUGUUGCAGCGCAAUAAUCGCUGGGUUUUGCGUGGUGUUGUGUCCUCAGGUCAGUCAUCGGCACAGCGUUGCAAUUUGUAUGAAUAUGUUGUCUACUGCGAUGCUGCGAAAUAUAUGACAUGGAUUACACAGAAUCUUUAGGAUUAUUACUCAAAUGUAGUUUGUUCUUUUGAACCUAAUAACUUAACAAAUUAAAUUUUUAUGGGAACAAUACCGUAACAUA